AUAUUGAGGUCGGACCUUCUCCAUAACCAGUAGCGGCCCAGCCACCGUAGACACUUGAAUCCUCACACGUCUCUGGAGCCUUAACCAUCAGUAAUUAUGGACGGAAAGAUUGUCUGCUUCUGUGUUUUCCUGUGUGUUGUGAUGAGUAGCGGCGCGCCAGUGUUGCAGCCGACGCCUGCAACACCAGAGGGACACCAGCCUCAACACCAGGUGUUGGUAGUGAAGCGGGCGGCCCUGUACGACAGAGGCACUGGAGACCUGCCCUGCGCCGGCACCUCCUUCAGGUGUGUUGUGAUGAGUAGCGGCGCGCCAGUGUUGCAGCCGACGCCUGCAACACCAGAGGGACACCAGCCUCAACACCAGGUGUUGGUAGUGAAGCGGGCGGCCCUGUACGACAAAGGCACUGGACACCUGCCCUGCGCCAGUCCCGCCUACAGGUGUCCCUUCCCUGACAUCCCUGCUCAUAGCACCAUCUUUAAUAAAGUCAAAAUUGGCAAUUAGCGUGUGGCGCGAGGGUGAAGCAGAGAAGGAGAGCUAAAUAAGGAAGAGCUGCAGAAAGGGAUUAUCAGAUCUCAUUAAAUUUGUCUGUGGGAGUGUCCCGUGGAAAUAGGCCAACUUCUUAGAUGAAUUAAGCUUCACCAUUACAAACCUGUAGAUUUGUAAUGAUGAAACAUAUUUUGCCAAUACUCUAAAAGGAUUAUUCUUAAUAUUUACUGUGAUAAUUUAGGUGUAAGUGUGUCAUCUGUGUUUGUGUCCGUACUGUUAUACAUUAAUAGGCUAUUUAUGUAAAUACAAGAAUAAAACAUUAUUUUUUUA